AUGUUCAAGCGCGCAGGGAGCUCACUGGCUCCUCAUCUUCGCCGCCUUCAUACCCGCAGCUCAGCGUCUGCUGAUGUUGUAAAUAAAAAUAUACGGCGCAACCCUCGCGCGGUUGCUUUAGCUUCCACCGUCAUAGUGGGCUCUGUGCUUUGGUAUACGACGAAUCAGAAGGUGUACAACGAUGCUCAAUCUUCAUCUGCGGUGUCUUCGAGUUCGAAAGGUCCAACAUUGACGGGGAACGAAUUAACUAAUGACCAUUCCGACACGUUGCAUUCCCUAGUCUGGGGUUCUAAUCGGUCCAAAACACUGUUACCAAACGGUCAGUCUGACGAGCCGAUUCGAGCACCUGCAGUUGCAGGUUGGUUGGAGGGCGUGGCGUUGCGAGACUUGGCGCUCCACGAGAGACAUGGAGCAUGUGUCGACGCACGCGGUGAUGUAUAUCAAUGGGGAGACGCGUUCUUUGGUCAAGAAGAACCAGGGAAUAGAAUGCCCCACCGGACCCUAAGAGGCAAGAAUAUUGUCAACCUGCAGCUUACUGAAGCAAAGCUAUUUGCGCUUUCUGCUUCGGGAAAAAUCUACGUACUUGCGACGGACGCAAAGUCGCAAGAACUUCGGCCUGGUGUGCCGACUCCCUCAAGUGAUUCAUGGUGGGGUACGGGCUGGCUAUGGGGCGAGGAUGAAACCGUGGAUUUUGUCCAGAUCGCGCCACGUGAACCACUUGGUUGGGGGGAGUCUUUUGUUGCUAUCGCCGCAGGUAAAAAUCAUCUACUUGCCGUAACGUCCAAAGGUCGUACAUACGGCCUCCCCGUCAAUAAAGCCGCCAACGAAUAUGGCCAACUAGGUUUCCGUCGAUUUGACAUCCCAGACCCCGCCUCAAGAAUCACACACAAUGCUGCUCACCUGCAUGUCGAACUUGUUCCCAAGUCUUUGCUUGACCCUUACAGAAAAUCUUCGCGUGCGAUUCGCGCCCCUUCAACAGGUUCCUCCUCUAAUAAUAUUUUAUCCAACGUGGACGACACGAGCAUAAGGUUCUGUCCUACUAUUUUUGAAAUUCCCGUCUUGCAAGGUGUGGAUGUUGCUCAAGUUGCGGCUGGUGGGAGAAGUAGUUUCGCUCGCACCACUGAUGGCCGAGUUUUGGGAUGGGGUGCAAAUGAGUACGGGCAAAUCGGGUUGGGUAGUGUGCCUUUGGAUACGAUUACCGUCCCCACAGAAGUUGUUUUGUGGCGGAUGGUUCCUUCCAAGAUACGCAGCAAGUGCCAGGCUGUUACGGCAGGGGGUGAUUUAACCGCGUUUACCAUGGAACGAGUCAGCGACGUUGGUGCCGUUACCCUGGACUUGCUGUUGGCUGGCAAUGGACAGUAUGGUGGUUUGGGAAACAACACUUAUAGCAAUGCUCAAGGUCAACCUACACGAGUUAAAGCUGUUAGCGGACUCUUGCAAUACAAUGAUGGUACUCGUCGCCUCGAGCCUGUCGCUCCCGAGGCUAUCAGCAUUUCUCCUACUGGACACAUCCUCGUAGCCUUGGACUCCUCGGUUAGCUCUGGAGGCGUAGGUGGGAAAGACCUUAUGACAUGGGGUAAAAAUUACGAUUCCGAACUCGGAAAUGGGAAGAAAGCGAGCGUCCCUGUCCCAAUGACGCUGGAGACACCAGACGGGGGACGGUUCAUGCUCAUGGAAGUGCAGGCUAAGGAGGUUAAAGACCUUCAUGGCAAGGUGUGGAAACGCGGCAUCAAGGUGGAACAACACGCGGUUGCUGGGUAUGGUAAUAGUGCGGUUUAUUGGAAGAUCGCGACGUAG